AUGUACGCCAUGGAGCAGCAGCCGCCGUCGCAACAGCAGCAGCAUCAAGGGUAUCAGGGCCACCGCGACAUCCUUUCGACGCCCGUGUGGCUGCUGGCCAUCCGCAUUGCCCAGGCCGUCUUGUCCGUCGUCAUUCUCGGCCUCGCCGCCUCGGUAGUCCACGAUGCCUACCUCGACGAGCUGGGCCUUGCCAUUGCAAUCUCCCUCAUCACCGUCCUCAUCGUCACAUACUUUGUCGUAACGGAAAAGGUGGCCGCCUGCCAACCCGCCUACCAUAUUGUGGCCGUGCUGGCCCUCGACGCUUUCCUCUUGGUCCUCUGGCUCGCGACGUUUGCAGCCGUGGCAGCGCGCCGGGCUCGCUUCGUCUUUGACGUGGCUGUCGAUGGCUGCUCCAACAACGGCGACCUCUUCAACAGCAAGACCUGCUUCGUCAAGCGGGCCGUCAUCUUGUUCAAGCGCGGCGCCGAUACAAUGUCGGCUGCGGCUGGAAUCGGAGCACUCGUGUGGAUCCUCUUCAUCGUCACCUUUGUCUGGACGCUUGUCCAUUUCCUCAAAGGCCGCAAGCAGGGGCGUUUCCCGCUCAGCACCGGCAGCACCGCCACGGCCGAGACGAACCAGAUGGAUCCCAAGGUUGAGCAGCAGCAGCAGUAUCAGACCCCGAUUCAACAGCCCCAGGUCCAUGGCCAGUACCAGCAGCCCACUCCGACGCAAAGCCCGCCUCCCCAGCCGGCGCAGAGCCCGUAUCAGCAGCAGCCGCCGUUCUCGCCGCCUCCCGCAGGCACUUACCCGCCUACACAGGGCCAGCAGCAGCAGCAACAUCCCUAUAGACAAUACCCGCAGUAUUCGCAGCCGCAGCCGCAGGCGUACCAGCAGCCGGUGCAGCCGGUGCAGCCGGUGGGGAGCGAGCUGCCCGCGCAGCAACCGCCGCAGACGUAUCAGCACCAGUGA